AUGGCUAAUGCCGACGAUUUUUGUCAGUUUGCAAAACUAGGUCAAACAGUUAAAAUUCAAAAAUGUUUGCAAUCACAUACUAUUGAUAUCAAUGCAUUAAAUCUAUAUGGUGAAUCAGCACUUUCAACAGCUACUUAUCACAAUCAAAUUCUUUGUGUUGAAUAUCUCUUGGCAAAUAAAGCCGAUCCAAAAUUACGUCUUUCGGCUGGACAUACAACAAUACAUAUUGCUUGUCGAUUAAGUAAUGUACCAAUUUUACAUAUGUUAUUAUCUGUAAAAAAAGAAGACAAUAAUAAUAAUAAUAAUACUGAAGAAGAACAACAACAAGAAGAUAAACAUGUAUACGGAUGUUUAAGAAUGAAAGAUCAUUCUAAUCUGACACCUAUUCAUUGGGCAGCAACACAAGAAUCUGUAUCGAAACGACAGAAAAUGUUUGCUUAUCUUGAUAAACGAAUGCCGGGUGUACUUGAUAGUCGAUAUAAUCUUGAUUGGUUCAAUGCUUGGGCAAAAAUACAUCCAUGGGUUAUUGAACAAAAACUCAUUCUUUCUCCUAUUCAAUCUGUUGCUAGAUUAGUAAAUCCUGAUCAAACUGGUCACCAAGAGGAAUCAUCUGAAAUUACUUCACUUGAUAUGACUCCAAAAAUAUCAACAAAUGAUUAUGAACGUACUCCACGACCGCCAUUAACAACAAAUAGUAUUAAUAAUAAUAAUAAUAAUUUAAAAACACCUAAAUUACGUGUUCCACGUGUUCAAAUUGAACAACCUCCACAACGAUCAGUUUUACCACCAACACCAAUAACUAGCUGUAAAGUAACAGUUACUUCCAUAUAUCAUGCAUCGAAACGUGAAUCUCAACAUUUAUCACCAUCAAAAUUAAUCGAAUAUCAUGAACUACCAUCAACAACAUCACAGAGAACAUCAAUUAAUGAAAAUCUAUUAUCUCCUCUUUCGAAUCGUUUUACUUUUCGUGCUCAACGUGUUCAAAUUGCACCAACAAUUGAUUUUCCUCCACCACCAUCCGAUAUUGAUGAUAUGGAAAAUAGAACUAAUAAUAGACAACAUGAUUAUGAAGAUAUGAAUACACCAUCAUCAAGUAAACGUCCAUCUCAUAAUCUUCUUUCGAAUAUAGUUCCAUCAAUAACAACACCAUCAAGUGAUCAAAGUAGUCAAUUAUCAACAAAACAUAUAGCUUCAUCAUUUGGUUUUGAUACAUCAAUUGAACCACGUCAUAUUAUUGAUACAACAAUACAAUCAAAUACUGAUACUUACGCACAAAAUGAUGAACGAAUUGAACUUGAAUCAGUAUCAUCUAAUGAUGAUUAUGAAAGUAAUAAAAUUGAUUAUUUAUGCAAAUCAACUUCAACAAUGGACAUAGCUUCUCCCGGUGCACAUACAUAUUAUGCAUAA